CUCCCAGCUCCACCAGCACUAAAAGGGCUCCCAGCACCACUAGCACUACCAGCGCUCCCAGCACCGCCGCGGCCGUCACCCCCGUGGAGCCCCCCAGGUCGCCACCGGCGCCCGUGUGCGAGGGCUGGGGCUGCGCGCUCCUGCUCGUGCUCGCGUGCGCGCUCGUGUGCGUGGGCGCGGCCCUGUGCGCGCGGACGCGCGCGCCGGCCUCGGCCGUCUGCUGCUUUAUUGGCUAUGCCCCCGGCGCGGUGGCCCAGCCCGCCCCGCACCCCCAGACCAGUACCAACGGUGACGUCGAACUGCUGCCUAUAUCUAAGCCGCCGGUCGAGCGAGAUGCCUUCGAUAUGCCACUGCAUUCAAGGAAUGUUUUUGAUUUAAAGACUGAUACUUUCGUAUCACAAAGAACGCUGGAUUCUUGAUUUUAGAAAUAAAAAGCAUUUUGCACUUGACUCAAGAGCAAUUUCCCUUGUUCUGAGAGAAACCCGCUCGAUUCAAGUACCAAAUGCACUUUGAAAAUGUACUAUAAAAGUGACAGUAAGUGCCCCAAAAAAUAAAAGCGCGCAACUUCUGUAUAUGUUUCUGUGUUCUUUUGACUAUCGCCUUUACCAGCCAGGAACACUGGGGGCGGUGUUAUCAGUGUCCUGGAGGACACAUGCGGCUGCAGCAAGGCAUGAGUCAGUCACUCGCGAGCAGCCGGGUGAGGUCCACGCCGACGAGUACAGCCCUAGGAUGCUGGCCGCCACGAUGAUCGUGGUUCUGCUGCCGCUCGCCGCCUCCUGCCCGUGCCCGGCCCAGGACCCGGCCGCCGAGGUGUGCGGCUCGGACCAGCGCACCUACCGCAGCCAGUGCGACCUGCGCUGCUCCACCCCCGGACUGUCCCUGUUGCACCCCGGGCCAUGCUUCCCCGUGAGUACCGGCGCGCCGGGCCGCCUGGAGCACGACAACGCCGCCCAGCUGACCAGCGGGCUCGGACACCAGCGGCCGCGGCGCUCGGCCACCGACCAGCGGCGGGAGUGGGCCGAGUGCGAGAGGGAUCAGUGCCACAACGCGACCGGCUGCGGCUGCCGGCCGGGCGACGACAGCUGCGCGCACAUGUGCCGCUGGGGCUGCGAGUGCGGCUGCGGCGGGUACCCGCCGGGCGGCACGGACUACGGCCCGUGGCGCGCGUGCUACGACGGCGAGAGGCAGUGCGGCGACAAGUACCUGGCGUGCGACGCGGGCUGCUGGGGGCGGCGCGAGUGCGAGGACGCGUGCCACCUGGACUACAACCGGUGCCACUGCGAGUGCGUGCAGCGCGCGCACGCCGCCACCGAGCAGAGGCGGAAGUGGGCCCAGUGCGAGGCCGAGCGCCAGUGCGGCUCUGCGACCUGCGGCGAGUGCAGGGGCGACAGGAGCUGUGCGUCGAUGUGCCGGUGGAACUGCGAGUGCUCCUGCGCCGGGUACCCGCGCGGCGGCGCGGACUGGGGCCUGUUCCAGAAGUGCUUCGCGCGCAGGGGGUGUUCGCGUACGCAGACGGCGUGUGUCGCGGGCUGCGGGGGCCAGGGGUGCAAGGACGCGUGCUACCUGGCCUUCAAGAAGUGCGACUGCGAGUGCAUGCUCGAGGCCGGCAACAGCACCACCAGCAGUCCCCGCACAACCAAGCAGGCUGCCGGCGCGACAAGCACUCUCCGCACAACCCCCACAACCAGCACAACAAGCACUCCUCGCUCAAUCGUCACAACCAGCACACUCCCCACAACCAGCACACUCCCAACAACCAGAACAAUCUUCACAACAAGCACUCUCAGCACAACCAUCAUACCCCGCACAACCAGCGUACCCCGCACAACCAGCAUUCCCAGCACAACCCUCACGACCAGCACUCCUCAAACAACCGGCACUCCUCGCACAAGCAGCGCUACCCGCACAACCAGCACUCCCCGCACAACCAGCACCCCCGGCACCAGGCUCCUCCCUCUCACGACACCCGCCGCCGCGACGCGUGCGCCGGCGUGCGCGGGCUGGGGCUGCGCGCUCGUGGUCCUGCUCGUGUGCGCGGGCGCCGGCGCGGGCGUGUCGGCGUGCGUGUGGGCGCGCGCGCGCACUCGGGCCGUCUCGUACUACCCAAGGCUCGACACCAGCAUGACGGUGCUGCACAGGGUGCCAGGGUCACCCGAAACGCACAUCGAGGCGGAGGAGGCGAGCGCCCACCGGCGGCGGACUCACGGCGACGUCGAGCUGGCGUCUGUCGACGAGCCACCGCCCUAGAGAUGUGCUCAUCGUCGAGUAGGCGGUACGAUAUGUUCUCGAAUCAAAAUUACAAGUUGGCCAUUUUUUAGCAAUGCUAAAUA